AAGAGAGCACCAGUGACCAGCACUCCAGCACCAGCACGCCGUGCCGCGCCAUACACUCGUCACCAUGAAGGAGGAAGUGCCGGUGCUCGAGUACAGCGAUGUCUCCAUUGAGUCCCGCGGCACCAUGGUGCCGGUCAGACUCAAGCUCAGCGACCAGGGCAUCACCUUCCGCAACGUCAAGACUGGCAAGGUGGAGUCCCUGGGUGCCUCGGACCUGGAGGUGGUCAACUGGCAACGGCUGGCCGGCGGGUAUGGCCUCCGCAUCUUUACCGAGAAUGGAAACCUCUACCGCUUUGGAGGCUUCAAGGAGUCGGAGCAGUCCAAACUGGAAAAAUUCUUCAAAAACACUUACAGCAAGACCAUGACAGAGAAGGAGUUUUCUGUCAAGGGCUGGAACUACGGUGCGGCCAAGUUCGAGGGCGCUGUGCUGUCCUUUGAUGUGAGCUCCACCCCUUCCUUUGAGGUGCCUCUGAACAACGUCUCUGGCUGCACCACCGGCAAGAAUGAAGUCACGCUGGAGUUCCAUCAGCAUGAUGACGCAGCGAUCAACCUAAUGGAAAUGCGCUUCCACCUCCCCACCUCGGAACUGGCCGGCGACGACCCGGUGGAGAACUUCCAGCAGCGCGUCAUGUCCAAGGCCUCCAUCAUCACGGCCACAGGCGACGCCCUUGCCAUCUUCAGGGAGGUGCAGUGCCUCACCCCGCGUGGUCGCUAUGACAUCAAGAUCUACCCGACCUUCAUCCAGCUUCACGGCAAGACCUUCGACUUCAAGAUCCCCGUCACCACUGUGCUGCGCCUCUUCCUGCUGCCCCACCCAGACCAGCGCCAACACUUCUUUGUGGUGUCCCUGGACCCCCCCAUCAAGCAGGGACAGACCCGCUACCCCUACCUCAUCCUGCUGUUCUCAGGCGACGACACAGACUUCAUUGAGCUGCCCCUGGAGGAGGAGGAGCUGCAGGAGAAGUACGAGGGGCGCCUGGAGAAGGAGAUGUCGGGAGCACAGUUUGAGGUUAUCAGCAAGAUGUUCAAGGGAAUCUGCAACCGCAAGAUCGUCACCCCCGGGAACUUUACCGGCCACUCUGGUAGUUCUGGAAUCAGCUGUUCGUACAAAGCCGCAGCGGGCUACCUCUACCCCCUGGAGCGAGGCCUCAUCUACGUCCACAAGCCUCCGGUCCAUAUCCGCUUCGAUGAGAUCUCCUCGGUCAACUUCGCUCGCUCUGGCUCCACCACGAGGUCUUUUGAUUUUGAGGUUGAGAUCAAGUCUGGCGGCGUCAACACCUUCAGCAGCAUUGAGAAGGGCGAGUACAACCGCCUCUUUGACUACGUGAACCAGAAGAAGCUGAGGAUCAAGAACCGCGGCAAGAUGGAGAUGGGCACAGGACGCACCGAUGACUUUGAUGACAGUGACGCGGAUGAGCCUGAUCCAUACAUGCGUAGGGUGCGCGAGGAGGCCAAGGAGAGGGACGACGAAGACUCCAGUGAGGAUGAGGACUUCGUGCCAGGGGAGGGUGGCAGCGACGUGGCGGAGGAGUAUGAUAGCUUCGCAGGGGAUUCCACGGAUUCAGACGAGGGCUCCGAGGGUGGCUCAGACGACCAGAAGAAAAAGGAGAAGAAGAAAGAAAAGCAACCCAAGGCAAAGACAGUGUCCGAGAAACCACGCAAGCGUAAGCCAAAGAAGGAGAAGGAUGCCAACAAACCCAAGCGUCCACAGUCGGCGUACUUCAUCUGGCUGAACGAGCACCGCGAGCAGAUCAAGAAGGAGAACCCCGGCAUCUCCAUUACUGAGGUCUCCAAGGUGGCCGGCCAGAAGUGGAAGACUGUGGACGACAAAUCGGAAUGGGAGGCCAAGGCUGCCGAGGCCAAGAAGGAGUACGAGGAGGCCAUGAAUGUGUACAAGGCGUCCCUCAAGACCACGACACCACCCAAAAAGUCCCCCAAGAAGGCAGCAACAACGUCAGCAGCAGCAGCAGCAGCAGCAGCCGUCUCCCCCACCAAGGCAGGCUCGGGCUCUGGGUUCAAGUCAAAGGAGUUUAUUGAUGAGUCGAGUAGCAGUGAAGAUAGUGACGAUAAGCCCCUCAAAAAGAAGGCGAAGACGGAGAAACCAGAGAAGGCGGCGAAGAAGCCCAAAAAGGAGGAAUCAGAAGGGGAGGAGGAUGCUUCAGAGGAGGCUUCCGAUGAGGCGUCAGAUGAGGACUCAGGGUCAGACUAAGGGUGAGGGAGAGUCUUGUGGUCACCUGUGUGCUAACUAUCCAGGGGACUCAACCCCUUCACCACACCUAGGCCCCCCCCCCCCCCCUCCCCAGGUAUACAUAAUUACGAUAACCUCCCUGAGUACACAAAUAGCAGGUGUGUGUGUGUGUGUGGAUGUAUGUAUGUAUGUAUGUAUGUAUGUCUGUGUGUGUGUCAUUUGUAUUAGCUAGACAUCAACUAGUAUUAUCUGUAUUAUUUUAAUGUUAGUUGUCACAUUCCUGAUAUUAGUAUUUUUCUUUUUUGUGUUUCUUUCAAUUAAUUAUUAUUUCUUUCAUCUGUGUAUCCGGUUUUCAUUUAGUUCGCCUCUGAUAUACGCAGACAGACAUCUCUGUUGAGGAAGUGUUGUCUAAUAAACAUAACUUGUGAUA